UGUCUUCUGCCCAGCUUGCUACACGCCUCCUGUUUGUUACACAGAGAGGGUUCCAAGACUGGAAGCAAGAACAGAAAGCGCUUUGGGGAAGGGAAUCGAUUUUUUAAAGAGGCUGAACAUUUUUUUUCACUCCGUUUUCAGGGAAUUACAGGUCUAUCGACUCCAAUGAAUCAUCACUUAAAUCUGUUAAAUAGUAGUCCGUAAAUUCAGCAGUCGUCAGCCAUGAGCUGUUUGGAUGUUAUGUAUCAAGUGUAUGGUCAUCCACAGCCGUAUUUCGCUGCAGCCUAUAGUCCCUAUCAUCAUCAGAAGCUAGCAUUUUUCUCUAAAAUGCAAGAAGCGCAGGAAAGCGGCAGCAGCACUUUCUCCGGCCAUUCUGGUCCAACUAUUAAAGAAGAGGACUGCGCGCGCGACAAGGAGCGCGCUCCGGAGGCCGAGUACAUCAACUCAAGAUGCGUUCUCUUCACCUACGUUCAGGGGGACAUCAGCGCCGUUGUCGAUGAACAUUUUAGUCGGGCUCUUAGCCAGCCCAGCAGUUACGUCCCCAGUAGUGCCAGUAACAAGACGUCAAGAAGCACAUCUUCCUGGAGAGAUGGAUCAUUCCCCAUGAGCCAGAGGAGUUUCCCUCCGUCCUUUUGGAACAGCACCUACCAGCCUGCCGUCACCGCCUCUCUCAGCAGUGCACUGGGCGCCCCUCACGCCGAGAUCCCCUUCCCAGCAGACCCCUACUCCGCUGCCUCUCUACACAGCCACUUGCACCAGGGCCCCGCUGAGCCCUGGCACCACGCUCAUCACCACCAUCACCCUUACUCCCUCAGCGGGGCCAUCAGCACGCAGAGCUCCGCCUACCCGCGGCCCGCCAUGCACGACGUCUACGGGACGCCCUUCGACCCGCGCUACAGCUCCCUCCUCGUGCCCUCCGUGCGGCCACACCGCCUCACGCCUGCCACCGUCCCCGCCCCCGGAGCCCCGCAGUGCGACCUCGGGAAGGGCGAGUCUGCCUCCUCGGCCUGGACGGGGGCGUUCACAGGGGCCGGGACAGACAUGGGCCAGAGCCUCAGCCUCAACAUGGACGCAGGUCUGCAGCCCCAGGAGAAAAGCAAGGACCUAUACUGGUUUUAAAGCACUCCUGCACCUACCUCCCUUGGCUGUCCUCUGUAUCUCUACCUUGUAGAAAUUAAAAAGGCAUUUUUUUCUGUAACAGAUUCUAAUCUUGGUUUCAGCUCGGCGUUACUCCUUUUGUGGCGGAGCCCUCCUGAGCUGAUUUGCCAGCAGGAGAAACAAGAAAACAAACUGAUCAGAAGAACUGAUAUUCUUCACCAGAGCAAAGGAGAAAAGGGAGCCUUCAACACUGAUACCCCCCCCCAAUACAUCUUAAAAAGCAGAGCUAUGGAUGGCUAACUUCUCUUUCAUCCAUUUAAACGGAGAAUUUCUGCUUUUCUUGGGGAAACAUGAAGAAACAGUUUUUAGGUAUAGCAAAACCGUGGCACAUUUUGUUGUGAACUAAAUUAAUCGACUGGCACGGAGUUCUGUGAGGAGUUUUGCCACUACUGAGUAACUUAAAAAAAAACGCAACACGUGUGCUCAACACAUUUUGUUUUGGAUGGAAUGGAAAGAAGAUAAAAUCAUAAAAUAUAAGACAUUAUUGUGAUAUGAACUGGGCAGCGGCUAUUUGAAGCCACCUGACUCAAUGUUGCUCCACUGCAGCUGUCAGGAACAACUGUUCUAACUCAACAGACUUACAAUUAAGGUGGCACUUCACUGAGUUUGACCAAACAAGUGCUUCAGACUUCUCACAAGGGGCAUUUUGUGAAAUCCAGACCCUCCCCCAAUUGAAAAUAAGACAGCCCUCACAGGGAACAACUGCAAAAAGCAACAGGAGCAAAGAUCAGGAAAGAGCGAUCGAGGACACAUGAUCCCUCUCACUACAAGCUCUUUCUGUGUGUUUAGCUGUCUUUUUGCCACUGAGACAUUUGUAACUGUAAAAAAGAGUUGCAUUAAAGAUCUUUAUUGAAAAGGUC